AGGAGGGCGGAGCCGGAUGCGGUGGAACGAGACCACGCCCAGGCGCUGCCUGUUGCUAAGGCCGCGAAGUUGGGUGGCAACGAGAACGGAGGCCAGAGCGCGGGGCGUGCUGGGAGUUGGUCAGGGCCCGGUUUGGUCCUGCUUUGGGGGGUGCAGCCAUGCAGGGCUCCGUGGUCCGGCGUACGCAGGAGCUGUUGGGGCGAGUGAUCCGGAAACCACCUCUCACGGAGCGCCUUCUCAGCAAGCCCCCCUUCCGCUACCUGCACGACGUGAUAGGAGAGGUAAUCAGAUCAAGUGGUUUCAUGAAAGGACUGUACACAGAAGCAGAGAUGAAAUCUGAUAAUGUUAAGGAUAAAGAUGCAAAAAUCAGCUUCCUUCAGAAAGCAAUUGAUGUUGUCAUCAUGGUAACAGGGGAACCUUUAGCAGUGAAGCCAGCACGUAUUGUUGCUGGGCAUGAACCUGAAAGAACCAAUGAACUACUCCAAGCAAUUGCCAAAUGCUGUCUUAAUAAGCUAUCCAGUGAUGAAGCUGUUCAAAAGGUCCUUGCUGGUGAGAAAGCUGAUACUAAAGCAAAGCCUCCAUCUUCUUCUAAAUCCCAAAACAGAGAAUCUAGAACAGAAGAACAUAGGUCCCAUAAAGAGGGAAAAGGUGACUCUGAAAUAAAAGACAGAAACACAAUUCAAGACCAAAAGUCCAGAGAAGAUUUAAAACAGGAAGAGAGCAAGCUAAAAGAAAGUGACAGACAUAAAGAUUAUGAGAACCGGCACAAAAAUUUUGAGAAAGACAAUUUUAAAGAAGGUGAAAAACAUGAAAGAGAGAAAAAUAAGAACAGAUCAAGCAAACAGGGAAGAGAGCCAGAGAAAAUCAGAGACAAAGAAAAAGGAGAUAGGGAAGGAGAAAAAGAGGAGCGCGAUAAAGAAAGGGACAGAGAAAGGAAACAGCAUGAGGGAGGAAGAGAAAAAGACAAAGAGAGGGUCAGGGACAAAGAUAAGGAACAUGAGAAGAUCAGAGAAAGGGGGAAGGAUCGAGGAAAAGACAAACGAAGGGAACGAGCCAAAGAGACAGAGCAGUUGCGACAACAAGGAAAGGAGAAAACAGAUAAAAAGCCUACAGGAUCUGAGGAGAAUGUAACUAAAAAAUCAGUGGAAAGAUCUAUAAAAGAGAAAGCUGAACCAGAUAAAGAAAGUGAAAACUCAGCAAGAUUACCAAGGCAACAUUCAACAAAGGGACCAAGACAACGAGCCAAACCUGGUGGUGAAGGACGAAAGGAAACUAGUAAAAGUGUAUCUAGUGGUGCAAUUCAAAGAACAGCUAGCAUAUUUAAAGAGAAAGUUGAGCCAGUUAUUACAGCACAAGAGCCAGGAAUAAUGGGAGCUAAUAGCAUUGCAGCUAAACUUGCAGAUGAAACAUCGGCAACUGUUUUACAUGGAAAAGCUGAAUCAGAAAUUAUGGUAAAACCAAGAGGUGAAUCAUCCAGUGAUGCAGAAGGAGAUGUUAUGAACACUGCUGCUCCUGAAAAAAUAGUUGUUUCUGAGAAUAGUGAAAUUACUAAUGAACUUCCUCCUCACAUCACCCAAAGAAGGCUUUCACGACCCAGCAGUGCAAGGCCAGCUCCACCCCGGAUAAAAGGCCAAGAAAGCACAGAGGUUAUAGCGCCAGAGAGAAAUGGCAGUGCCAAAAUAGUCACUAAUGUCAUUAUAGACAAAGAGGAAGAAGAGGAUGAUGACCAGUUUGUAGUGGAGGCAGCACCGCAGCUGUCUGAAAUGGCAGAAAUGGCAAUGGAAGCGACAGUAGAACUGGAAGAAGAUGAGAAGCAUGGAGGGCUUGUCAAAAGAAUAUUAGAAACAAAGAAAGAUUAUGAAUUGUCACAGCUGCCAAAAUCUGUUGAGAAGGAAAAGCCACUUUUGUCAGAAGCAACAAGGAGAAAAGAGAAAGACCUAGUAGCAAAAGAAAUAGAGAAAUUCCGUGGAUCCAUUCAGGCCCUUUGCCGAAGUGCUCUCCCUCUUGGAAAAAUAAUGGACUAUAUUCAGGAAGAUGUGGAUGCCAUGAAGAAUGAGCUCCAGAUGUGGCAGAAUGAAAAUAGACAACUUGAAGAGGCCCUACAGAAAGAACAGGGUAUUACAGACAGUGUUGUGGAACCCUUGAAAGCAGAACUUGCCGAGUUGGAUCAGUUGAUCAAAGAUGAACAAGAUAAGAUCUGUGCUAAAAUGGCAAACGUUUUAAAGAACAAUGAAAAAAUUGAGAAGAUGGUUCAUAAUAUCAACACAAGAAGAUGAACAAUGGGACAAAGGGCUGGAACUAACCUUUUCUUCUAAACAGAAAUGAGAAAGGAAGAUACAUUGUGUGCAAAGGAAACUGUUGCAUACAAAAGCAUGUACAAUUUCAAAUAAAUUGUGUAUGGCCUUGGAAGAUUUAUAUUGUGUAGGUGAAAAUUACAAUUCAUUCAGUGUUUUGUAGCUUUAAAAAACAUUCAAUGCAAAACAUUCACUAUAUUGUGUUAGGUUAUCUGUUGUCAGCAGAGGUCAUUUUUCUGGUUCAUUUUAAUAUCAAUAUAUCCUGAUCAAGUUUUUACCAUUCAUGUCUAGCAUAUGUAUGGUAUUUUGAACAAGUAGAAGCUAUUCUGCUUCUUAAUAAAUUGUAUGAAGUUGGGAAGUUUGCUGUUGGAGUGGCUUGAAAUACGUCCUUGUAUUGGCAAAUCCUUUAAAAAGUCUUGCAGAUCAAGAAACAAAAUUGUGUUUAUCUCUAUUUCCUUACGUCAUACAGUAAGGAAAACAACAAAAUAAGUUUAUCUGAAAAUGUUAAUUAUACUUGCCUUUAUUUACUUGGUUUAAGUACAUUUUCUCCACCUAAACGUCCCACCAUGUAUGUUUUUACAUUAAAUCAUUCUGAGAGAAUUAGUAAGGAGUGUUGUAUACAUUUAUGCAUACUUGGAGGGUUGUCUGGCUUUUGCUACAAAUAUUUCCAAUGUAUUUUGAAGAGUUCCUGCUGUACAUAUACUAAGGGACCCAUAAAAUUUGGAUGGCCUUGGUAGCCAAUCAGUAUUUGUGGCUUUUUGGACCUAUCCCUUGCCUAAUGAGGUCUUGUCUGAUGUCAUGCUGAGUUUUAGCGCCUGUGCAUUGCAAUCAAGGGUAAUCCCUCUCUUCAACUCUGGAAGAGGCCUGGAACUUACCUGUUGUAUUGCACUUCUAGAUUACUAGGUGGACCUUCAACGCACAGUGAGUGCUCCUGCUAAGCUUGAGACAGAAGAAUCCCUACUGUUGCACUAUGCUUCUGGGGUGUCCCAAGCACCUUGGAAGCAAACACAACAUAGAUAAGCCCACUACUUCUCCUGAUUUCUGAAGUUCAAGGGGCUAGAGUGCUGUCCAGACAUUUAUGCAACUCACCCAACUGCUGGAAGAUUCAGGAAGAGGGCCGGGACUUCAUUUUGCAUUGCACUUGCAAGGUGCUCAGAGAGCCUUAAAAACACAACAUAACUGGAUGGAUUUCCCACCCCAUUUACUCAUCUCCAAGCUUCGGAAGAUAUCUGCGUCUUGUCAUGCUUCAUAGCAGGGAGAGAAUGUAAAGAAUCUUAUCAUAGUGAGCAGGUUUGUGAAUCGCUCCUUAUUUGUGGUCCUGUGUCACAUAAACACGCUACAUACAAUCUGAAGCCUUUUGUUCUUAUGAAGUUAUGCCAUUUUUUAAGUGAUUGUGAUUUCAUCCAUUUUUUUCCAAUGGAUUUGAUUUGAGAACUCUCAAUGUCUGCAAAUCUGUCAUCUCUUCAUUUUCUCAUAAAAUUACAUUUCUCAUGGGUUAUGUAUGGUUUACCAGAUGUUGGACAGGAAAAAUGUAAUGUCAUAUAUGUAUUUUCAACCAACUAUUUAAUAAAUUGUGGUGCACUUUAUCAAUCUGACACCCUGACCAAAACAUUUGCUUGGAAGUACUGAAAUUUACUUCUAAUAACACUGUUUAGGAUAGUUGCCAAAGUCCAUGUUGAACAAUGUGUAUGAUUUAGUUAUAGGUGUGCUAACUGGUAGAGUUUUGGUUCUUGCUUUUCACUGAUUGGACCCUGCUGCCUUUGUUAAAAUGCCAUCCAAACUUUUUACAACAAAUGUUUUUGCAUAUAUUUCAUAAAAAGUACUACAGAGUGUUGGUAUAUAGUAUGACUGUCAUUAGUCCAUUUUGAAUAAAAUAUCAAUUUCCAAUGUUAGGAAAGGGAUACUGGAAGGUAAUUUGGAAAAAAUGUCUGAAGGCAUCAGCAGAGGUGUUAAGCUAUUUAAGUUGCAGUCUUUUCAAAAUGCAUGUAACUGCAUACUUGCAGCUGAAUUCAGCAUCUGAAAAAGAAAUCCCAUCACAUUUAUGUGUGGAUCUGUAUAUAUGGUUAAAACUGUUUGUGUCAGAAGAAUCUAACAUUUUCUGUAUGUGAGUAAAAUGUACAGCAUAAAAUAUAAUUUGUAUUAUAAAUUUAUUUUCUUUUUUAUAUAAAAUAAUUAA